AGUUUUGUUUUUGCAGCUUUAACACGUAGACCACGUGACUUGUGCGGUCUCCGCGGUGGGCGGCGGAAUGUUGCGGUUCUUUACGCGACAAAAAGCCUCCCGCAGACGCUGCGCUUUCCGCUUACCGCCUACACCGCUGUGAUCACAAGCCGCCAGUGAGCAUGCGCGAUGAGACAUUGAUAGGACCCUUCGAUUUGUGCCUCGCUGUUUGCCGGACCAGCCCAACUCUGUGCUUUAUUUGAGGAAGAAAAAAAACGGCGGCCCGGGUGACAGAAUCCGGCGCACCCCUCUAACUCCGUCGCAUGUUUGGUGACGUCCAAUAAUCGACUCCGCCGUGAAGUCUCCGGGGCCGAGGCCUAGAGACUUUUUUUUUUCUCCAAGUAACGCGCAGAUUUUUUUCCGUCUCUAAUGCCUGGAUCUCGGUGCCCGUUCUGUGACCGGGUGUGAACCGAUGAAGCACUUUAGCCUGUGAUCGAAGCGGAAACGGUUGGGAAACGUCAGCCGGCUAAUUGUAGCUACCGCUAACUGCCAGCGAGGAAGUGAGGGACGAAAAAAUGACAUCUCGGAGGUGGUUUCACCCCAACAUCACAGGUGUGGAGGCUGAAAACCUGCUGCUGACCCGAGGGGUGGACGGGAGCUUCCUGGCCCGACCCAGUAAGAGCAACCCGGGAGACUUCACCCUGUCAGUGCGGCGAAAUGGCGCCGUCACCCACAUCAAGAUCCAGAACACGGGGGACUACUACGACCUGUACGGGGGGGAGAAGUUCGCCACGCUGGCCGAGCUGGUGCAGUAUUACAUGGAGCACCACGGGCAGCUGAAGGAGAAGAACGGCGACGUCAUCGAGCUCAAGUAUCCGCUCAACUGUGCCGACCCCACCUCAGAGCGGUGGUUCCACGGACACCUGUCGGGCCGCGAGGCCGAGAAGCUGCUGACGGAGAAAGGGAAGAACGGCAGCUUCCUGGUGAGGGAGAGCCAGAGCCACCCCGGGGACUUUGUGCUGUCGGUCCGGACGGGAGACGACAAGACGGACAGCAGCGACAGCAAGCCCAAAGUCACACACGUCAUGAUCCGCUGCCAGCACGACCUGAAGUACGACGUCGGCGGGGGCGAGAAGUUCGACUCCCUCACCGACCUGGUGGAGCACUACAAGAAGAACCCCAUGGUGGAGACCCUGGGCACCGUGCUCCAGCUCAAACAGCCCCUGAACACCACCCGCAUCAACGCCGCCGAGAUCGAGAGUCGGGUGAGGGAGCUCAGCAAGCUGGCCGAGGCCACGGACAAGGUCAAGCAGGGCUUCUGGGAGGAAUUUGAGACCUUGCAGCAGCAGGAGUGUAAGCUGCUCUACAGUCGCAAAGAGGGCCAGAGAGCAGAGAACAAAAACAAGAACCGAUACAAGAACAUUCUGCCUUUCGACCACACGCGCGUGGUGCUCAACGACAGAGAGCCCAACGAGCCGGGCUGCGACUACAUCAACGCCAACAUCAUCAUGGUGGUCUCUGCUGUCAUGCCGGAGCUGGACCCAAAGUGCAACAGCACGAAGGUGAAGAAGAGCUACAUCGCCACUCAGGGCUGUCUGCAGAACACCAUCAGUGACUUCUGGAGGAUGGUGUUUCAGGAGAACUCCCGGGUCAUCGUGAUGACCACCAAGGAGGUGGAGCGGGGGAAGAGUAAAUGUGUGAAGUACUGGCCCGACAUGUCGGCGCUGAAGGAGUACGGCGCCAUGCGCGUCCGCAACGUGCGCGAGACGUCGGCCCACGACUACAUCUUAAGAGAGCUCAAGCUGUCCAAAGUGGGACAGGGCAACACGGAGCGCACGGUGUGGCAGUACCACUUCAGGGCCUGGCCCGACCACGGCGUGCCCACCGACCCGGGCGGCGUGCUCGACUUCCUGGAGGAGGUCAACCUGAAGCAGGAGAGCAUCGUGGACGCCGGGCCGAUAGCGGUGCACUGCAGCGCGGGCAUCGGGAGGACGGGGACGUUCAUCGUCAUCGACAUCCUGAUAGACGUGAUCAGAGAAAAGGGGGUCGACUGCGACAUCGACGUGCCGAAGACCAUCCAGAUGGUGCGCUCGCAGCGCUCGGGGAUGGUGCAGACGGAGGCGCAGUACCGCUUCAUCUACAUGGCCGUGCAGCACUACAUCGAGACGCUGCAGAGACGCAUCGAGGAGGAGCAGAAAAGUAAGAUUAAAGGACGCGAGUACACCAACAUCAAGUACUCGUUGUCCGACCUGACCGGAGGGGAGCAGAGCCCGUUGCCCCCCUGCACUCCCAUUCCCACCCCCACCUGCACAGAGAUGAGGGAGGACAGCUCCAGAGUGUAUGAGAACGUGGGCCUGAUGCAGCAGCAGAAGAGCUUCAGAUGAGAUUCACCUUUGACCCCAGUGCUCUAUCAGUUCCGGGAUGUCCAUACCCGACAGCUUUUUUCGCCAGCCGCACUUUGACGCCUGAGACUUGACCGCGAUGACAUGGAACCACACACACACACACACACACACACACACACACACACACACACACACUCGGGAGAGGGUCCUCUGGUCCUCGCUCAUCUCCCAUUGAACGUUGGCCCUCUAGUUGAAUCCUAAACCACUGUGAUGAUCAGAAGAGCCUUUGAGUCCUGCUACAAUAAGUCUCUCCCCAACAACCUUUGUCUUUGUUUCAUUAACCAAAGGAAGGCUGUGGAGGAGUUUAAGGCCAGUUGACGGGGGGGUGGGGGGGGAGGGGGCAGGCCUUUAUUCCCAAUGAUCAUUGAGCAGUUUUCACUACGUUACACAGAAUAAUGCGUCUGCCUGGUAGUGUGACAUCAUCUUUACUGUCUAUGUGUUCCACUUGUAAACAGGACGUCAGACUUUUUGUGCCAGAACUGCCUUGAAGAGAAACUAAUUCAGACUUUUUCAGGUUUAAUGUGCUUUUUUUGGGGGGGGGGGGGGUCCGCCCUCAUCUGCUCCUUUUUACUUCAGCAGCUUAGUGACAGUUCCAGUGGCGUUUCUUCAGAGUGACGGCUAUUAGGAUUUCGGGGGGGGGGCGGCUGCUAAAAGUUGUUUAAGUGCAUAUUUACUUUUUUGUUUUUUUCAUUACUUCUUGUUAUGUUGUUGUUUUUAAGAUGAAUGCCUUUUGUGUAUCGUUGCCUAUUUUCAUCACCACAUGUACUUAUUUUAAGAUUCAACGCUCAGCUUUGGCCCGAUAGGUCAUCAGUGUUUGUGUGGCCUCGUGAUUGUCAGCUGGAUGCAGUAGUUCACUCACACACACACACACACACUCUGUUCUGGCCUUUCUCAUAUGUUCAAAGUUAAAUGUCCACGUGGUGGAGUUCAUCCACAUCGGCCUCUUUUUAACUUCCACAUGAACUGACGAAUGUCCAGAGCCCCUUCCUCAUGCUAAACUAAGCUGCUUAGCUUAGCUUAGCCUAAGGACCAGGCCCGCCCCUUCCUCGUGCUAAGCUAAGCUAAGCUAAUCACCUGGCAGACGAGAGAACGGAGUCGACCUUUUCAUCAAACUCUCGGGGAAAAAAAAAAAAGUCAAACCAUUUCCUUUCAAUCUUCAUCUCCUCAGUCCGAUGUCUUUCAGAAUUACCUCCCCCCCCCUUCUCCCAACCCCCCCCCCCCCCCCCCCCCCUACACAUUUCAACCCCGAGGCCUGCUCCUUUUCUUUGGGCCUCCUCGUCACUCCGCCUUCAGAAGCAUCCAGGAGCCUCGAGGGACGCUUCUUCUCAACCUUCACUGAUUGCAUUUAAAACUCAAAUCUAUGAAAACAGUGUUCUUAUUUUGGGGCGGGGGUUGUUCUUUGAAAAGACCCCCCCCCCUCCGAUGCAGAUGCAGAGUCGUGCCUUGUGUGUGCGCUCGACUCUCAGACAAAGACUCUUUAGUCCGUCGCCAUCCAACAACCCGAAAGACGUCGAUGUGAACUCUGAACAAAAAGAAACUGGUGGCAAUGCAAACAAACUAUAUUUUUUAACGUGUAUAUUGUACAUGAGUACCUGGUAGUAGUACUUACUAAAACAUAUCUACUUGCCAAUAAGAUGUACUGUGUGUAUAUUCCUCUGGCUGUGUGACGCACAGGAAGUGACCUCACAGCUCCACAGGUUUACUGUAUGACCUUUAACGCCGUUUAGCGCGUUGACUUCCUCGGUAACAAUAAACGACUCGCUAAGAACGC